AUGGCUGCGUCCACGACCACUGUUGUCUGUUGUUAAUGAUGUACACGUAUUAUUGGUUUAAUUAGCUAGAUUUUAGUUACUUUAAGCAUACCUUUUUAAGUUUUCUAUCAUCAUGGAUGAAACACCAUUUUUGGUAUUACUUGCUUUCGUCAUGUUAGCUGGAAGCUAUUUCGCAGGAUCUAUUCCUUUGGUUAUGACUCUCUCUGAGGCAAAGCUACACCUGAUUUCUGUUUUUGGAGCUGGCCUUCUUGUUGGCACCGCUUUGGCUGUCAUCAUACCAGAAGGCAUUCGUUCUCUUUUCACUUCUGGUCAAGCAACACAUGCCCACACAGCACCAGGAGAAGGGGUCACUAUGUCCGAGGCUACAGAGAUUGCCGAUCUACACACUCUGAUAGGUCUCUCCCUGGUGGCUGGGUUCAUACUGAUGCUACUUAUCGACCAAUGUUCCUCUGCCUACUCCAGAGACGUCGAGGUGGGUGGUAGUGGCGCAGGACCGCUGGGUCACGGACACCGGGCUAGUGUGACGGCAACAGUUGGUCUGGUGGUGCACGCAGCAGUGGACGGUGUAGCUCUCGGCGCAGCAGCUACUACUACGCAGACCGAUGUUGAGAUGAUCGUCUUCAUCGCCAUCAUGCUUCACAAGGCACCAGCUGCUUUCGGGCUGGUCACUUUCCUGAUGCACGAAGGUAUCGAUCGCAAGCGGAUCCGUCGACAUUUGCUGGUCUUCUCGUUGGCGGCUCCACUUCUAGCGCUCGUCACAUACUUUGGCAUCGGUCAGGAAGGUAAGGAAACGCUGCACUCUGUGAAUGCGACAGGCAUUGCAAUGCUCUUCAGUGCUGGGACGUUCUUGUAUGUCGCGACUGUUCACGUUCUACCUGAGCUGACGUCACGCGUAGACGGGACCUUCAAACCCAAUCAGCUGUUCGCUCUUAUAGUGGGAACGAUUCUUCCUGUGAUCCUAACUCAAGGACAUCACCAUUAGCGGCUGUGAUAAUUUUGUGAAAUGUGAAUGGAGGAGCCAGUGAAGAAAUGUGUUAGCAGUGACAAGUUCACACUACGGUUUUAAACACUGCCAGGUUUUAAAAAUAUACAAUCUUAUAAAAACAGAUAAAUUAAUGGGAAUAAAACAUUUUGGUCUUUAUUUAGUCAAUAAAAAGGUGGACGAACAACAGAUAUAACUAAAGUGAUUUAAUAAAGUAAACAAAAAUCCGCUUUAACCUUACUUCAUUAGAAACCUAUAGAAAAUCAAGGCAUUAUUUCAAGCACCCUUCCAGUGGUGGUGAAGGGAUCGACUAUUUUUUACUAUUGAUUUGCUGUUUGAAGGCUUGAGUUUUAAGAUUUUGUUGAGUUGUUUUUCAACGUCAGUAUUCGUCUAUCAACUAGUCUGAAAGGCAUCAAAUGUUUGUACAGUUCUGUUAGGUUUAAUCAACUGUAAGUGCUAACAGAUGUGAUAAGAACUCAAGUGUAAUCAAGAGUAGAUGACUCUUGGUAUGAUUCGUUUACAAUUAGUUUUUGUUCUUAAUCUUUCAUAUAGUUUGAACAACUUUUUAUACUGGGCCUUCAAAAUCACUAUUCAAAAGAUUCUUGAGUAGGAAAAUAUUUUAUUAAAUUUGAUUAGUGUAUGUAAAAUAUAUUUAUACAUCACAAAACUUGUUUAUCAGUUGUAAUUGUUGCAUAUGUACAAAGUUAGGUAUUUCUGUAUGAUAUAUUGUUAAGGAUAUUGUAAUGGAUAUAACUAUAAGUUUUAAAAUUUGAUUUGUCAAAAAGCUUUGAAAAAGAAGUUGUGAUUGAUUAUUAUCAAAGCAUUGUGAGUCAACGAGCAAUUAUCUAUGAAAGGUAAAAAGGUUUUUGUUUUUUACUAGGCUAUAGGCCGAAAUUGUUUUUCACAUUACUUCAGACUAGGCCUAGAGGUUGCAGCUUUUAUCUCCAAGAUAACGUUUGUAAGCAAUUGGUGGGAUUUGAACCCAGGACCUCAGGGAUUAAAGUUCUAUGCUCUAGUUCUACGUCUAGACCAGCUCACUCCCCUCAGAGCCGGGGUCUUGGCCUCCGAUGCUCAAAAUUAGUUCAGUAAAACUCAAUUUGAGAACUUUUACAUUAUUUUAUGUUUUUCCAUUAACUAUGUGUUUAUAAAUAUGGUUCAUUAUGGUUCUAUAAGUUUUACGGCUUUCCCGGUGUAACUAAUAAUGAAAACUGAUGUUCCUAAGAAAAUUAAAGCAAAAAGUGCAAAGUGGGAAGUAUAGCUUUAGGAAAUUAGAUGGAAAUAACAAUGUUAAUUAAAUUAAAUUUAAGUAGCAAAUUAAUUCACAAUGUGCAAGACAAAUUUUGCCAUCUCUACGCAUUUCUCAUGUAAUUUUAAUAAAGCCGUACUUGAGGCUGUAACCUGGAAAGAUAAAUUUUAUAUUUAAAAAUUAAUUGAUAUACAUUUUUUAUGUCUUUUUGCUUAGUUUGUAUUUUUCAUAAUUAUUUUGUAGCUAAAAGCUUAGAAUACAUUGAUUGUUCUUUUACUUGGAAAUGUAUAUUUCCCAAUUAUAGCCUUAUUAUUUAAGAUAUUUAUACUGCUGUUUUGUAAUGUUUUUUAAAUAUUCCUAUAACGUAUAUGUUUGUUUUGUUUGUAUAUAUUAGAUAUUAAUAUGGUGAAAAGGGUUUUAUAAUUAAGGCCUCAUAGUGUAAAUGUAUCGUAUAUUUGGUCUGGUUAUGCACAAAAUUCUACUAUUUUUUCAAAAUUGCAAUUAUGUUAUUACCCAUUCGUUAUAAACAUAGUAAAAGUGAGUGAGUAAUAAAUUGAAAUAAUUUUGCAAUCUUUACUCAAACAAUACCUAUAACAUUUUGUAAACAUGAAAAUCUAUCGCUGGACUAAAAUGUACACUAUUAUUACUCAAUUGUGAUACUUUAAUUCUAUUUAAAAUAAUUUUUUUGUUGAGAAUAAAAAAUUAUUUGAGA